AUGCCAGACCCCGGCGAGCUCAAAGGCCCGGAGACAGUUGAGACUUCCCUCGCGGAGAAACGGCUCAAUGCCAACUACGAGACGAACGUUGAGGAGUUACGAGGCCUCAUUGAGUAUCCAGGCCUGAGUGUAGAGGCCUGGAAGGGGUUAUGCUCGGACCUCCAGACAACAACUAUCGGGGGAAUCUUCGCCUGGCUAUUUCUCGCGGUUUUUCGACAAGGUCACCACCAGAUGGGCGGUAUUUCUAGCGAUACCGUUUGCGGCGCCUCAUCCAUCGUGCUCUCUAGCAAGUAUCAUAACCUCGAUAGAGACCUGGGCGACAUUAUCUUCUAUUCUGGCUCAAACAGCCAUACCGACGAAGACCCGAACAAGCCCAAUCCGUCGACCUCCGGCACAAAGUCUCUCAAGGCUUCUAUAGCAUCCCAGAAUCCCGUCCGGGUAUUGUGCUCAGGAGGUUCGACCAAGUUCUUCCCACCCUGUGGAAUCCGAUACGAUGGUCUGUAUCACGUAGUACCACGGACAGCAUCACCGUCACACUCGCCGACAUCCUCACCACCUCCUACACUGCCGAGAACGCGGCAGCAGCGAACCACUCUGCCAAUGUCUGCGACGAAAUGA